CAUGAGGUUUGUCCGCUUCGGAGUGCCGUACAUGUAAGCCGUCUUGUGUGUGGCGCAUGCGUAUUAUCUUUUUAUCCGUCAGACUGCAGUGAGAGCAGUAAGAUGGAUACAGGGGAGUCUCAAGCCCAGCGGCCAGUCACCUUGGACAUCACAGUGGAAGAUGUAAGCAAGGAAGACUCAACUUCUGAACCACCCUCCAAAGACAAUGUCUUGCCCCAGGAGGACAGCAUUGACUUGGGAGGGGAGUGUGCCACUCCCCAGGAGGACAGCAGUGCCACACCCUCAGAGAGCCCGAUGGACAAGCUCAACGAUCAGAUGAUGGAGAGUGUCAUGAUUUCCGACUCGCCCAAUAACAGUGAAGAGGAUGAUGUGGCUCCCAUUGAUUCCUUUCUGGAUGCGAGUGGGAAUGACAAAGGAGAAACUUCAGAAAUCAAAGAGGAGCUAAGUGAAAUAGGACAGAAUACAACAGAGAUUAAGGUUUCCGUGCAGGGACAGGAGACAGAAGAUUCACAGGAAAAAAUAGAGGGGGAGCCGAAGGAGCUGACAGACAUGCAAGAGCAAGUCACUAUGAGCGUUUCACCUCAAACUGACACACAGAGUCCAUCUUGUAGUAAGGACGAGGAACCAGCACCUCAGUCAACCAAAGGGACUAGCCCAAAAGAUGAGCCUGUGCCAGUGUGCACAAUAUUCAGCCAUGGAACCCAGCCGAAGUCUCUGGUGCCUGAUGGCUUCCAGCCCACCCUGAUAAAGUCCCCAAGCUUUAGCAUGGGGAGUGGUGGCGGAAGCGAUGAGGCAGUGACCCCAAGCAAGCUGACAACCCCCUUUGUUUGCCAGCCCAGCCCUAGUCUCAGUAAAUUCUUCACUGACAAUGGACAGACCAAUCCAGCAUCAGACUUCUUUGAUUCAUUUACUGUUCCCUCGUCCUUCAUCUCCGUGUCCAACCCCAAUGCAGAGAUCGCUCCUGGUGCUAGCCCUGCACCCAUAGCCCCUACACCUGAGCGCCAGCUCUCUUCCACAUCCUCCUCCAUCUCCACUCCCGGAGGGACUCUGGACUCUGGUGCUCCCACACCUAGCUCAGUCUUUGGCCCUGGCCCUACAGAAUCAACAUCCAAGCCUCCUCAACCUCCUCUUUCCCAAACGGUCCCAGUACCAACUCAAGCCUCUGCAUCAACCCCAGUCACUCAGCCACAGCCCUUCAAUCAACUCCAGGCUGUGUUUUCCGGCAGCGAUGACCCUUUUGCUACAGCUCUGAGCCUGAGUGAAGUUGACAGGCGCAAUGAUGCCUGGCUGCCAUGUGAGGAGAUCAGGAAGGUGUUAAUCUCUGUUGCUACCCAGCAGUACAGCCCAGCCUAUGUAGAGACCAACAGACUAACCAUGCCCGGACUCAAGUUUGACAACCUGCAGGGGGAUGCUGUGAAAGACCUCAUGCUUCGUUUCCUUGGAGAGCAGGCAGCCAUGAAACGUCAGGUGCUCACGGCCAACUCCGUGGAACAGUCCUUUAUUGGCAUCAAACAGCUCAUUAGCAGUAAGAACUGGCGGGCUGCGGUAGAUCUGACUGGCCGGUUGUUGACAGCUCACGGUCAGGGAUAUGGCAAGGCCGGCCAGCCCACCUCCCACACCACAGACUCACUGCAGCUCUGGUUUGUGCGGCUGGCUCUUCUCACCAAGCUGAACCUCUUCCAAAACGCUGAGCUGGAGUUUGAACCGUUUGGCAACCUGGACCAACCAGACCUCUACUAUGAGUACUACCCCACGGCUUACCCUGGGAGGAGAGGCUCCAUGGUACCGUUCUCCAUGCGGCUGCUGCACGCCGAGCUUCCCCAGUACCUGGCCAAGCCCCAGGAGGCCCUGGACCGCCUGCACAGUCUCAAAACCGUCUGCCUCGCUAUUGUGGAGAAUUUGGAGAAGGGCUUGGCUGAGGAUGGCAGCAUGAUUACCCUAACGCAAGACAACAGGCAAGCGUCUCUUAAGCUGUGGAGGUCUCGUCUCAGCCGGGUCAUGUACUCCAUGGCCAACUGCUUGCUGCUGAUGAAGGACUUCAUUCUGGCGGUGGAGACCUAUCACUCCAUCAUCCAGUACGAACCCCAGCAGAGAGUGCAGCUGCUCAGUGGUAUAGGACGCAUCUUCUUGCAGAUUGGAGACGUUAAAACAGCAGAGAGGUACUUCCAGGAUGUGGAGAAAGCCUGCCAGAUGAAAGGGAGCCAGCUCGGUCACACCACAUGCGUGCUAAUGAACAGGGCCUUCGUCUACCUCAGUCAGAACAACUACGCUGAAGCACACGCAUCCUUCCUUGAAGUGUUAAAAAUUGACCCUAAACACCCUGUUGCCAACAACAAUGCAGCAGUGUGCCUGCUCUACCUGGGCCGUCUGAAAGAGUCGCUGGGCCAGCUGGAAGGCCUGGUGCAGCAGGACCCCACGCUGUACCUCCACGAGAGCGUCCUCUUCAACCUGACCACUAUGUAUGAGCUGGAGUCGUCGCGCAGCACGCAGAAGAAGCAGGCUCUGCUGGAGGCGGUGGCCUGUCGGGAGGGAGACAGCUUCAACACACAGUGCCUCAAACUGGUCUAAGAGGAAGGAGGUUAACCGGAAGAGGCUGGAUGCACACACCACUGGAGCCUCCUGCUGUGUGACAGGGUACAAAACCCCAAGAACCCGAUCUGUAGAGCUGAAGACGAAUGUGGCGUCUGUGAGAGUGUGGUGACAGAAUGUAUGGUUUCCCAAAUGUAAAUUGACGUGAGAUAUUUGAGGAGUGGUUUUAUUGUUAGUGAAUCCAUUCGGGAAGGCACACAUGAGUACACAUUUCUCUAAACGGAAGCACAUAGGGUGCACAGCAACUCGCUUUCUACUGAAGUGUCCCUGUAAUCCUCAUAUUUCCUCAGCUUACACAUACGGGUGAAUUGACAUUUUGGAAAGGCCUCUUAAAACGACCUGGAUGUGCAAGAGAUGAUGUUUUAUACAGAUUAAAAGCAUUGUUGGACACUUUUUUUUUCUUAAAUUUAUUUCCACAUUCCUCUGGUAAAUAUGAAGCUACUCCUGAUAGCUUAGCAUAAAUACUUGAAACAGGAGGCCGUGCUAGCCUAGCUGUCUCCAACGCUAAAACAAAUCCCCCAAUCGACACCUCUGAAUCAGUCUAAUUAACACAUAUCUUCUUUAAUUAGUAGCAAAACAAAGGUGUGAAAAGUUAGUUUCAUAGGGGUAUGCUCUGGACUGUUUCUUGACCAGGCACACUAAUUGUUGCUAGGCAACUAAGCCGAGACUCCAUUGAAAUGAGACAGGAAAUGUGAGUCUGACAGAGCACUACAACCUGCAAAGCGAAGGUCAUGUGAUGGAGCGGGGUUGCUGCUCGUGAGCUGUUUCCCUUGAUCACUAAUGUGGCGGCAGCCUUCACUGGUUUACUGCCAGCUGUGUGAGCACCUCCUACUAUGGUAAUGGCUUUUACAGAAUUUGAAUUCCCUGUUCAGUAGGAAUUUUCAGUUGAUGCUUUGUAUCUUUCGUCUCAAGUGCACUGUUUUCUCUUCUGCAUAUCUCUACAACGGAGAGCAGAACUGUUGGAAGUGUUUCACUGAAAGAAAGAACUCCAGGGAAAAAACUGUAAUACGGAGGAUUUUGUGAAAUCUGUUUAGCUCCGAGUUAUUUUCACGUGAUUAUUCCUAAAGGAUAUACAUUUUGUAGGGAAGAUAUGUUCUUAGCCUUGUAAGUCAUUUUGCAUUGAUUACAUUUAAAUUGUUUUGUCAUAAUUAAAUAGGACUAGGCCAAUGUGGCAGGUUAGCCAGCUCACCAUGUUGUCCCCUUUGCUUUUUCAUUUCAUGAGUUUUGGUUCAAUUGAUUGUGUUCCCCUUAAGAAGGUCACGUGACUCUCACCUUGCAGGUUGUGGUGCUCCGAGUCCAGCACCUCCGCCCCAGUGAGCUGCUUCCCUGUUAUCAGUAUUUAUGCUAAGACAAACGACUAACAGCUACAGUUUCAUAUUUAGCAUGCAGAUGUGAAUGCAGAUAGAAACAAGUUUCCCAAAUCCACUUUUAAACUUUUGAAAUUUUAGAAAACAAGUUGUAAUCAACACCAGGGGAGUUGUUGGAAUACUCAUUUUUAGGUUUGCUGAACAGACAGGCAGAACACAGACGUACAUGACACUACAGUCUGGUAGUGGUUUUAAGGGAGUUGCUGGCUCAUAAUGAGACUUGACAUGGGCAUUAUCCUGAGCUUUAGUGUGCUUACAGACUAAUAAACUUCCACAGAGGUAUUUUUAAAACUUCUUCCUCUGCAGACAACUGUAAUACUGGAUUAACUGUCGAAAACCACUCGAUUUCAGCUGGCAGGUUAUUAACUGGUGCAGUGAAAAUAAACAAGCCCUUCAAAUUGCAUUAUGUUCUGUCCACUAAACAUAAAUGUAAAAUAUUAAAUCUGAAAUUGUACAUAUCAGAAGCUGAUUUUUUUUCUUGUUUUAAAUGAUUAUCAAAAUAAUUGUCUUAUUGAUUUGUCCUUCACUGUUUGUGUAUUGUGCUGAUCAUAUUUAUGUAUAUUACAAGAGCUCUGGUUUUAUCUAAAUAAAUCUCUCCUUUUAAAUCAA